CCCCGUGGUAGCUCAUGGUUGCUCUGUUAGAGCUUGCUCAGGGGAAGGGGCUAAGAUGAGUGCAGAGGCUGGGAAGAAGCGUGGUGGUCAUGCUUCCACUUCUGGAGACAGGAAGUCUAAGAGAAAGCCCAAAAGAAAGGAAACCUAUUCAGUUUAUAUCUACAAAGUACUGAAGCAAGUGCACCCUGACACCGGCAUCUCCUCCAAGGCCAUGAGCAUCAUGAACUCCUUUGUCAAUGAUAUCUUCGAGCGGCUGGCUUCAGAGGCCUCCCACCUGGCCCAGUACAACCACCGCUCCACCAUCACCAGCCGCGAGGUGCAGACGGCUGUGCGGCUCCUGCUGCCUGGCGAGCUGGCCAAGCAUGCUGUCUCUGAGGGCACCAAGGCUGUCACCAAGUAUACCAGCAGCAAGUGACCGCUGGGCCACAAUUAAACCUUUCUGCCUUGGCUGCACCCCAUCUGUCAUGGCUCUGUGGGGUUGUGUUGAGGGGGGUGUCACUGUUGGGCGUGGGCACUGGUGGGGCCUGUGCAGCCUAAACUUAAAGGUUUGGAACAUAAGUAAUUGAAGUGGUUUAUAUAGAGAAGAUUGUAUCAAAUCAUCAACUUAAUAGAUAAUGUCACAGUCUUGUCACUUCUAAUUUUUAGAAAGAAUUGCUUUGGCUUUAAUUAGUUCUAUAUGUUAACUAGAGCACCCAAAUAGCAUGUAGUUGUUUCUGAGCUAUCUAGCUCUCAGCAAAUUGUUAACAGUAGAUCAUGGAUGGUGACUCUACUUCUUGUGGAGUCCUGUGGGAUUUGGUAUUUGGUCUGAUGUAACAGUAAAAGCAAAAUCUGCAAAUACACUUUAAAAACACA